UUCAUUUCGUUACAGAAAAGAUGGCGCUAGCUGAAGUUUGCGGAUUCAACGAUCAGUCGAUUCGACCCGGUCUUUUUUCUUUCAACAGAAAUCCAAACCCUAACGAACUAAUUAGAGAUGCACAAGUAGGGUCGAAUCAGUUUUCUAUGCCAUACAACUACGACCCAGUUGAGAAUCUCCAACACUUUCAACAAUCCGACAGUAAGGUGAAGAUACACUUUGACCAUGGUACAACAACCCUGGCCUUCAAGUUUCAACAUGGUGUUGUGGUGGCUGUUGACUCAAGGGCCACGGCUGGACCUUACAUUGCAUCCCAGACAGUAAAGAAAGUCAUAGAGAUCAAUCCAUACCUUCUGGGCACAAUGGCUGGAGGAGCAGCUGAUUGUUCUUACUGGGAGAGAGUCCUCGCUAAACAGUGCAGAAUCUAUGAGUUACGAAACAAGGAGAGGAUAUCUGUGGCUGCAGCCUCGAAACUCCUGGCUAACAUGGUCUACAACUAUAAGGGAAUGGGCUUGUCCAUGGGAACAAUGAUUGCUGGCUGGGACAAAAAAGGGCCAGGAUUGUAUUAUGUUGACAGCGAUGGCGAACGUCUCACAAAUAACCUGUUCUCUGUCGGCUCCGGUUCCGUGUACGCUUACGGUGUUCUAGACUCAGGAUAUCGCUGGGACCUGGGAGUCCAAGAGGCACUGGAUCUCGGACAGCGGGCAAUCUACCAUGCUACAUUCAGGGAUGCAUACAGUGGUGGCGUUGUCAACCUAUACCACAUGAAGGAGACUGGUUGGGAGUUUAUAUCUCGCACAGACACAGCCGAGCUGCAUUACAAGUUCCAGGAGGAAAAAGCCGCCAGAAAGAAAUAGAACCAUGUGAAAGUUUAAACCUUGUUUUGUGCUAACUGUACUCAUGUGAUUUCGUCAUCUUCAAGAAUAGAAAUGACCAUCUUAAAAAAAAAUGUACUGAAUCUAUUCAUUUUCUCCAUGAAGAUGUGAUAUUUAUAUACAGACAUAGACUCUCACCAUCGUUUUCAUCAUUUCUGUUAUUCGUCAUUGAUGAUGUCCUUCGAAAGGCUACCAGAAAGAGUGCAUUAAUUUGUUGAGAAAAAAUUAUUUGGGGGGAAUGUCUUUAAAGAUUAACGCUCACAGAUUGUCAGUUUUGACACUUCUUAUUUUAAGUCUCAGAAUCGGCUGAUUUGGGCAUCAAUGGUUUAAAUUCAGAAAUAAUAGAUAACUCACAAAAGAACAAAUCUCAAUAUUUGGUAAAUUGCCGAAAAAGUCAUUUUUGCCUUAAAGCGUUAAUCACGGCGAAACAUUUGUGUAAAAAUUGGCUCAUUCAGAGACAAAAAAAUAUAGUUGUCAAAUUGAUCAAUCUGCAGCUUUAAGAAGAAAAAAUAAUUGGUGCGACUGUGAUCAGACUUUAUGGAGCAUCAAUAAUUCGAGAUAACAAAACAUAACUAUCAUUGAAUUAAUUUUUGCUCUUCUUCAAAAGUAAAGCAAUUAAGUGCUUUUAAUAUUCUGUCAUCAGAUAAAUAUAUAUGAAUCUGCCAACAACAGUAAUAUGGAAGUGCAACUUUCAAUCUUAAGCUGAGAGUGAAAUUGGAAUUGAAUGAAAAUGUUAUUUAUGUUUUUGUCAAUAAAAACAUGAACUUCU